GCCGAUAAGGUAGGGAACAUCAAUAAAGUGUCAAAAAAUUUUUAGUCAAUUCGAAGAAAAGAUCUUUUAUAAAACAUAAAAUAUGACUGAUUUCGAUUCAUUUCCGACUGAGGGUUUUAAAGGAGGCGACAAAGAAUUACAAGAGUUUCUUAUGGUGGAAAAACAAAAAGCACAAUUUAACGCUCAGAUACAUGAAUUCAAUGACUUUUGCUGGGAGAAAUGCGUAGACAAACCAUCCAACAAAUUGGACAGUAGAACUGAAACCUGCCUUACAAAUUGCGUGGAUAGAUUUAUCGAUGUAUCCUUAUUGAUAACAAAUAGGUUUUCACAAUUGCUGCAGAAGAGUGGUGGAAUGUAAAUAAUGUGAAGUCUGGUUAGUUUUAAUUUUUUAUUUUGUACCAAAUUAAAUUGUUAUUAUAUUAGUAUUUGGUAAUUUGUUGUUUAUUAAAAUUAAUAGAACUAUUAAACUUUA